AAAAUUAAUUCCAGUCAAAAGAAUAUAAUUUUUUCAUUUACAACUUUUUGUCUAAGAAAAGAACAUAUCGUCAUUAUGGGCCAUGAGCCCAGAUAAAAACUAUCAAGCCCAGCUUCGAGAAGAGACUCUGUCGAUUUCAUCAUCAUAAGAAUCUUUCAGAUAGUCGGAGAAGACGAAAACGAAAGUUCCGAAGAAGAAGAAGAAGAAGGAGAAAAGAUGAUUUACCGAAAGUGGAGUUUGCUGUCCGGCCCACCGGUUAUCCUCGGCGGAGCGGUAAUUGCUGCCGUCGCCGUCGGAUUCGUCUUGCAAAACGUAACGAAAGGGGAGCAGAAGAAGAAUGUCUCAACAAACAAGUGAGAAGACAAAUGGAGAGAUGCUACAAAAUGUGGUGAUCAUGUGAUUUGAUACAAUUUAGUUCUUGCAGUGUAUAAGCUCAAUAAUGCUUUUGUAAGCUUUUGAAUACACAGAUCUUUGUGGUGUUUUUAGAUUCUUGUUACUAAUAAUGAUAUUUCAUUUUCCACU